AUUUUGACGUUUGUCAUCUGACCAGCCAAGAAAUUUACAAUUACAUACACAUUUUCGUUGCAGUAUUCAUUUUCUACCACAAAAGGCUGAAAAAAUUUGGAAAAAAUGGCUUUGCAUUCAGCUAUUCGUGGAAAAUUGAUUUCAGUUAUUGGUGAUGAGGACACCUGUGUUGGCUUCUUGCUCGGAGGUGUAGGUGAAAUAAACAAAAACCGUCACCCAAAUUUCAUGGUGGUCGAUAAGAAUACUGCUGUCAGCGAAAUUGAAGAUUGCUUCAAGCGUUUCUUGAAACGCGAUGACAUCGACAUCAUCCUAAUCAACCAAAACUGCGCUGAACUUAUCCGUCACGUGAUCGAUGCCCACACCUCACCAGUUCCUGCUGUUCUUGAAAUCCCCUCCAAAGAUCAUCCCUAUGACGCCAGCAAAGAUUCCAUUUUGAGACGUGCCAGGGGUAUGUUCAACCCUGAGGAUUUGGUCCGUUAAGGUGUUCUAAUAACAUACUGCAAUAAAUCGCCGAUGUCAUUUUGCUUCAAAUCCCAAAAUCGCUUUAAGUUAUAAUUUUAUAAAGAAACAAGAAAAAAACUAUAAUAUAGUGCCGGGCGGUGACUUGUAAA